AUGGCCCACCUGUCUACUACGCUGUUCCCGCUCGGGAACAAUGCCCGAGCCCAGAGUUUGACAGUCAGUCUGAAGGUCCCAUUCAAGGACUGCCUGGGCAUGAGAUCUGGCGAUCCUGAGACAUUGAGCAGACCGAGACCGUGGUUCUGGAUAUCUGUAAAUACGGGUCUGAGUCGGCACUAUUUUCCUGACCGGACCGAAAAUAAAGUUUUGUAUGGUAAUGACCAUGAGCAAGAUGAUCCCUCGUAUCAUGCAAUUGUCCCACUGGGAAGGGUCAUGGCUGCAUAUAAUACCCCGUCUUAUACUUGUACGUACUUGAAUGCUUCUCGUCCGUCCUCCGCGGAGGAUAUAGAGAUAGCCGCGGAGGAUGCAACAUUCGAAUUCGAGGUGGACAGCACGAAUGGUCUCUUCAAUUGCCUCAACAACAAAUGA